GUGCCGCGUCCCUUGUGUCGCGAGGCCUCUCCGCCCCCGCCAUGGGCCUGGAGCUCUACCUGGACCUGCUGUCCCAGCCCUGCCGCGCUGUCUACAUCUUCGCCAAGAAGAACAGCAUCCCCUUCGAGCUGCGCACCGUCGACCUGCGCAAAGGCCAGCACCUCAGCGAUGCCUUUGCCCAGGUGAACCCCCUGCAGAAAGUGCCUGCCUUGAAGGACGGGGACUUCAUUUUGACGGAGAGUGUGGCCAUCCUGCUCUACCUGGCCCGCAAGUAUAAGGUCCCCGACCACUGGUACCCUCAGGAUCUGCAGGCCUGUGCCCGUGUGGAUGAGUACCUGGCCUGGCAGCACACGGCCCUGCGAAGAAACUGCCUCCGGGCCCUGUGGCAUAAGGUGAUGCUCCCUGUUUUCCUGGGUGAGCCGGUCUCUCCUGAGAUGCUGGCAGCCACACUGGCAGAGUUGGAUGUGACCCUGCAGGUGCUUGAGGACAAGUUCCUCCAGGACAAGGCCUUCCUCGCCGGGCCCCACAUCACCCUGGCUGACCUGGUGGCCAUCACGGAGCUCAUGCAUCCCAUGGGUGCCGGCUGCAAAGUCUUCGAAGGCCGACCCAAGCUGGAUGCGUGGCGCCAGCGUGUGGAGGCAGCAGUGGGGGAGGUCCUCUUCCAGGAGGCCCAUGAGGUCAUCCUGAAGGCCAAGGACUCUCAGCCAGCAAACCCCACCAUUAAGCAGAAGCUGUUGCCUAAGGUGCUGGCCAUGAUCCAGUGAGCCGGGAAGCCUCGUCCCUGCUCUGCCCUUGGCAGUUCACAAAGCCCCUUCAUUCCCAGCGUCCCAUGGAGGCCGACCUGGAGAGCAGGAGUGACCUGUCUGAGUCCCACUGCCCUCUGCUCCUUGGGCCAGGUCUCCACCCUCUUCCACAGCUGCCUAAAAGCUACAAUGAGAAUGGCACCCCCAGACCUUGUCUCCUUUAAUCACUGCGUUUUCUUUUCAGUUUGGGAAAUACAUUUGGGCUCAGCCUGAGCCUCUGCUUC